CGAUCAUACACUUCAAACUUCUUCGAAGGCCUAGGUGACCUUGAUCGAGUCAUCCUUGUCAGAUAUUUUCCCAGUCAUAGCGCAACUUAUAAAAACAUGGAUUGAACUGAUAACGCGUAUUUUCUCUUUGAUCACAAUAGCCAUGGGUGAUAAAGAUAGCAUCACUUCUCUAGCAGCAGGCCAAACGGGUGACUCUGCCAACCCGAGAAGCCUUGCUGCACUCGAUGCAUCCAAGCUCAACAUCACGCUUGCAACGACAUUGAAGCCUUUGCAACCCAUCGAGACAUUACGUUUCGGCCAGUCAUUCUCGGACCACAUGAUCGUUGCAACUUAUGACCCUGAAAUAGGGUGGUCCGCGCCAGAGGUCAAGCCCCAUGGACCCAUUACACUUGAUCCUGCAUGCUCGUGCUUCCAGUAUGGCGGAAAUGUCUUCGAGGGUAUGAAGGCUUAUCUUGGGCCUGACGGGAAGGCACGCUUGUUCCGCCCAGAUAUGAACAUGCGCCGAAUGGAGAAGUCUUGUGCACGUCUCGCUCUUCCCCCUAUCGACGGAGAUGUGGUUCUGGAACUGGUAAAGUGUCUGGUGAAUCUUGAAAGGCGCUGGAUACCCAAAGAAUCUGGAUAUAGUUUGUAUAUGCGUCCUACUGUCAUCGCAACCCGCCCAGGUUUGGGAGUGAUAGCGUCCGACCAUGCCAUGCUUUACAUUCUUGCAUCGCCAACUGGGCCAUACUAUGAAGUGUUGAAACCUGUUUCUCUCCUUGCGGUCAGUGAAAAUGUGCGCGCGUGGCCGGGUGGAACUGGAGGGCACAAAGUCGCUGGCAACUACUCACCUGGCUUCCUACCCCAACGCGCUGCUGCAGAGAAAGGCUACGAACAAAUCCUUUGGCUGUUUGGUGAUGACAGAAGAAUCACAGAGGCUGGAGCGAUGAACUUCUUCGUUGUAGUCAAGAGGGAUGAUGGGGACGGCGUCGAUCUCAUCACCGCACCUCUGGACGGCACUAUUCUACCUGGAGUCACUAGAGCAUCAUGCCUUGCCCUCGCAAGCGAUCCGGAAUUCCAGAAAGAAAGCUCAUUGCGCUUACACCCACAAGAAGUAGUGUAUACCAUGAGUGACCUCGCGAAAUGGUCGUCCGAGGGCAAAUUGCUGGAGGCGUUAGUCAUAGGCACAGCGGUCAUUGUUGGACCUUGCAAUAGAAUUGGGUACGAGGGUAAGGACAUCGUAAUUCCGACUGGGGCUGAGAUGGGCCCAGUUGGCACGGCACUCCGGAAAAAGAUUCUUGAUAUCCAGGAGGGUAGAACAGAGUGGAAAGGAUGGAGUGUCGUCUGCUCUUAGUACCAUGUUACAGUACUAGAAACAGUAUACUGGCGCAUUUUGGCCGCCAUCGUUAAAACUGAAAGUGGAAUUGAAAUUCCCUUGCACAAACUC